UGGUGUUUUUCCGUUUGCAUGCUGCAGCCUUACUGAACAGCUAAACAGCGAUUUUGUACCACUUUUAAUUGUUAAUAUUAUUGGCGAAUCUUGUGGCAAUAAAAAACAGUGCAGUGCAGCAAAGCAGUCACGCACUAACAGGUGCCCAUUCGCACUAGUAGUCACAGAACUCCAAGAGUAGGGGAUCCUCUUCGUAAUAACAUAAACAAAGAAGACAAUUACCACGCAAAAGGGAAAACAAAAACAAUGUCGGAAACAUACGAUUACCUGUUCAAAUUUCUGAUCAUUGGGAGUGCAGGCAGCGGAAAAAGCUGUCUGUUGCAUCACUUCAUCGAGAGCAAGUUUAAAGAUGAUAGCUCGCACACAAUCGGAGUGGAGUUUGGCUCCCGGAUUGUUAACGUGGGCGGUAAGUCGGUGAAGCUGCAGAUUUGGGAUACCGCCGGACAGGAGAGGUUUCGCUCUGUCACAAGGUCGUACUAUCGAGGAGCUGCCGGUGCUCUAUUGGUAUAUGAUGCCACAUCGAGAGACUCGUUCAAUGCUCUCACAAACUGGCUCAACGAUGCCAGGACCUUGGCCAGUCCGAAUAUCGUCAUACUUCUGGUGGGAAACAAAAAAGACUUGGAGGAGGCAAGGGACGUCACUUUCCUAGAGGCAAGCACUUUUGCCCAGGAGAACGAGCUGAUCUUCUUGGAGACGAGCGCCAAGACGGGCGAGAACGUGGAGGAGGCGUUCCUUAAGUGCUCCAAAACAAUCCUGGCCAAAAUUGAGACAGGCGAACUGGACCCGGAACGAAUUGGGAGCGGCAUCCAGUAUGGAGGAGCCGCUUUGCGCAAUUUACAGACCCGACAGCGUAGCAUCAACAAACCGGAUUGCACCUGUCGUGUGUAGAUCACCUGCGGUUCAUGUUUAUUUCAAUAAGCGAGCAAAUUAAUCUCUAUUUUAUCUCAACCCAUAAUGCGCCACCGCAUUCCACCUUAGUUUAUAGUUUCGUGUGUGUCUCCAAUUGAGUUUGUUUUAGUUUGUAUUGUCUCUGAUAGAUUAAUCAUUCCAAAUGUAAGCUUACAGUGCUACGAUUUGAUUUUUUAACAUUAAUCUAAAACCCUCUUGAUUUUCAUUGAUUACCAAAUUGUUACUUACUAUAGUUUUUAAUUCGUGAAGCACUAAAAAUCCUAAUGCCUAAGAGCCACCGCUCGCUUCAUGCAACAACGAAAAUGGCUCGGACAGCCAAAGAACGUGGGCACUUGGAUGGAAGGGAGUAGAGAAUGCACCCAGCAUUUUUAUUGUAAAUAAGUGGCGAUGUCGCCGAUUGUAAAUCUAACUCAAGUAUGCACGCGGUAAAUAAAAACGCAUAACCAUAAAAAAA